AUGCGUUUUUGCCCCGUCUGCCUUGUCGUCCGGCUCUCCUUGCUCCCCUUCUCCCGCGCCAGCAUGGCCUUCCGCAAUGAGCGAGCUGGUGAGCCGCUUUCGAGCUGCUGGCGCCGCCGUGCGAUGAUAGCUGCAUACGAGCACUCGGUCCAGGCGCCCAGCCGGGAGGUCUGGACCGACUUAUCUCGCUUUGACAGAGUACUCGUACUGCAGACAGACGUGUACUUGAAAGUUGUUCCAGGGCUGCGUGGACGGAGAGAAGAGAAGACGGAGCACAUCCACACUCUCAAGACUGGGGUAUCUUGUUUCAACGUCACCUCGACUGCGUGCGUACCCCAGUCGCGCGAUGCCACCCAAGACCCCGACUCUGUGCAGUGCCGUCACUACCGCAGUGCCUGGACGCAACCGACGAUCCUCUGGAAGACCCUGACGGGCUGGCGAACAGGACAGGUACCUACUGCUACUACCAGUACUGGAAGCCACCAACAACAGUGGAAGUGA